CUGCUGGUGGGAGGGAAUUUGGGAGGGUCUCAUUGAUCCCCCCCUGAGCAUCCAGUCAGGUUUCCCCCAUCCAAAACUUGUCCUAGAAAAUAGGAAAAUGAAGAUUAAAAUCCAAGGAAUGUGUUGUAUAUAUCUACAAAGCCAAAAAUUCCUGCAAAGAAAAGGUUGGAAAGCUCCACCACCCGGCCCUGCAGCUUCCCGGCAUCUGCUUCAAAGUUUCACCUCCUCUGGAAUCCGCUUCCAAAACAAAUCCUGACAUCCUACCUUGGGCUCCUGCCAUCCCCAGCUGGACCUGGGUUUAUUUAGGAAGGGGGAAAGUGCUUUUUUCACUCGCUCAGAAAGUGGGGUUUUGGGGGCUUGGGGCAGUCACGGCUGUUCUUGCCUGCAAGGCUGGAACUUCAGGAAUGCUGUAGGAAUCUGGAAAGGCGGAUUUGGGAGGAAAUCCACCGUGUAGGGUGGUUUUGGCUGGGAAUGUGAGCCAUGGAUAAUGGUGGAGGAUACCCUGGCUGCCUAAAGGCUAAAGAGGGGAUCCCAGAAUUUCCAUGGAGGCUCAAGUGUUCCUUUCUGGGGCUGGAACGAGAUCCCUGGGAUUGUUACGAUUGGAGUGUUGAGAGGGAUGAGGCACCAGCAGGAAUUAAAGGCUCUGAGGCAUCAGGAAUGUGAUGAAGAGGCUGAAUCUCAUCCAUGUCCAUGUUUUUCCUGGAAAGCCGUGCUGCCAGAUGCAGCCCUUUACAAGGCCAAGUGCAUGCUUUCAUCAGGGAUGCGGGAUGGAGGAAGGUCAUGGGUGGGAUGGAGGAAUGCCAUUGGAGCUGGGGUGGAGACGUGAGUUGCUGCUCUUUGCUCUCCAGGUCUGUUCUUCCAGAUCUUUUUUGGGAUAUGAUUUGGGCUGGUUUAGAGGGGGUGUCCCGUUCCCUGGUGUGUGGGAGCAUGGGAAGGGCACAGAAUCCUGAAAUGGUUUGGGACAGAAGAAGCCUUAAGGAUCACCCAGUUCCACCCCCCCUGCCAUCGGCAGGGACACCUCCCACUAGCCCAGGUUGUUCCAAGCCAGCUCCAGGGCUGGAAGCCACUCCUGAGCUCUGGAAGUGCGGCGCUUCCAAACGCGGCCUCUCGGCUCCCUCUAGAGCCAGAGAGAAGGAAAAAACUUCCAGAAGUUGCUCCACCUGCUCCUAAAAUCGUCAGCUGGAGGGUCCCGUCCUUUCCCAGGCAGAGAGCGAGGUGUUGGGGUGAUGCCAGAAUCCUGGACCUAAAAAUUCCCAUUCCACCAAGAAAUUCCUACCUUGUACACAUCAGACAUCCAGGAAACCUGGGGAGGUCCUUCAGGUCGGCAUGGGGUAUCCCAAUGCUCCUGGAGAAAAGGACAUGGCUGUUUUCUGGGAGGAAGGAGGGAUGGAGGCAGGAAGGGGCCUCUGAAUCCCCCAGGAUCCCCUCGCCAUGUGUGGUGGCUCCAUUCCCAGCCUGAGCUCCCAUUUCCCAUCAUAAAUAACAGCAUCUCCUUUCCCUCUGGCUCCCGACGGAGAUGGCCAGGGAUCCCUGAAUCCCUUCUGUGUGUCCUCACUGAGGACAAAUCCACAGGGAGGGAGAAUUCCCAGAAAUGGCAAUAAAGGAGCUUCCUUGAUAACAGGGCUUAUAAAGUUUCCUGUCUCAGUGUGGGAUUUUCCUGGCAAGUGAGCAGGGUUAGGUUAUGAACACCUCGUUAGGUACCAAGCUAAUUACAAGAGUGUUUCCCAAGCAAAGCAUCCACAAUUUGGGAUGGAAAGGGGGUCUUGGAGCAUCCCAAGGGAAAAGCAUCCAACCCUUCCCAAGGCCACAGAGCCCAGGGAGGGCUUCCCUGUCCCUCCCUCCCUCUUCCUAUGCAGGAUUUUGGGAGCCUCCGUUGGCAAAGCCGCCUUGUUGAGCAAGAGGGCCCUGACGAGAAUUCCAUGAGCGAGCUUCCCGCAGGGAGCAAAGGGCAGCGGGAGUGUGUCCCUGCCAGGCCAGCACCUCCCGGGGAUUUCGGACAGCAAAGAGACCGUGGUGAGGAGGAAGAGGAGGAGGAAGGCAUCUGGGAAUUCCUUCAGCUUCUUGGGCUCGUUCCCAGGCCAUGGCAGCCACCACGGUGACCGACGCCGGCAGCGUGAGGAUCAUCACGGAGGUGAUCCCGGCCACGGAUCCCCGGGCGGCCCAGCUGGCCUCAGGCUCCCAGGCACCUGCCAGGACCUCGUUCCAAACACAAAGCUUCCGGAGGGCUCAUCCCAAGACCAUCCACAUCUUCACUGGAAUUGUCCACAUCUGCUUUGGGAUCAUCUUGACACUGUCGGAGCACAGGAACCCUUCCCUCCCUGUGGCCAGCGGGAUCCUCUUCUGGCUGGGGAUCCUGCUCCUGGUCUCGGGCUCGUUGCUGGUGGAAAGUGAAAGGAGAGACAGCCCUGUGCUGGUCAAGACCUGCUGUGUGGUCAAUGUGGGCGUUGUCCUGGGCACGCUGGUGGCCACCGGGAUCCAUGGCACGGCCAUCACCCGGAUCAUGCCCGGCUGCGAGAAGCCCGAGCCCUUCCAGACCCGCCCGGAAUGGUGCCUCAACAUGGAGAGCAAGAUGCUGAGCAACGCGCUGGAUUCCACCUUGGUGCUCCUCGGCCUCCUGGAAUUCUGCGUGGCCGUGGCGGUUCUGGCGUUCGGAUACGACACGGUCCGGCAGCACACAUACACGCAGCUGGUGAGGGAGGCGGGACCCACGGGAAUCCCUGGAAAUCCCUGGAAUGCUCAUCCACCCCGUCCUUCUUCCGAAGAGCCGCCCCAAUCCGGGCGUUCCCGUGUCCCUCGCAGAGAUUUCCCUGGAUUUCCCUGUUUUUGCUUUCCCAGGCGCUGUAGCCACGGCCAAGCCCCGCACGUGGUGCCGCAUCCCGAGGGGGGGUCCCCGCUACUGGAGCCCCCUGGGAUGCCCUCAGCGUGUUCGGCCCCCAAUAAAGGCCUCUCCCCCAGCCCAGCCCGCGCGUGUCUCCGGGGGUUACUCGGGGUACGGGGGGCCUCGCCCCGGGUGUGUUUGGGGGAGUUCGGGGGGUCCCGGUACCGGCGGCCACGGCGGUGGGCGGUGCUGCCCGGCACAAAGAUGGCCGCCUUACCCGGCACAAAGAUGGCGGUCCCCGCCGUGCGCGGAGGGCGUUGCCCAAUACAAAAAUGGCGGCCAGGGAGGCGCUCUGGCUUCGCGCUCCCGCGGGGAUCUACGAUGUGACGUCAUCGCUCUGCGACGCCGCGGGGCCGCGUGGAUCAUGGAGGGGGAGGACGGGGGGACCCCGGGAUCGGGACCGGGAGCGACCCCCGAGGGGC